GAUAGAUGUCGACGAAAAUUUGUGUGGACUUGCCCUGGAUUUUCCUGCAAAUGGGGCCUUAAUAAAGAUGUCUAUUUCACGCAUAAUCAACUAUCUAACAGGCGUGUGGACAUUCUAAGAGCUAUAAUAAAAUUUCUCCAUCAUCUGUGAACUAUUUCAUUCAUAUUUCCUGACGCUCACAAUGGGACGGACUAGGAGCAGAACAAGGAGUAGGUCCCCUCAUGGAGAUAGAAGGAAAGACAGAAGCAAGGACCGGGAGAGAGGCAAGGAGAGGGAUAGCAGGAGAGAAAGGGAGAAAGAUCAUGUUUCAAGAGGAUCAUCCCAUAGGCAGCAUUAUGGCGAUGACGGUAGACAUGGUGGUGAUCGAAAACACCAUUCUUCAGGAGAGCACAGGCCAUCUGAAAGGAGUGGGAAUGAUCAUAAAAGGAAUAGGGAUGAAGAUAGAAAGCAGGAAGGUCGAAAGGAAAAGAGUCAAGAUGGUAGGGAUCAUGGAAGAGUUCAUGAGCGAAAAAGUGAGCAAGGAAAAAAUUCCUAUUCAAAGAAGGCUAGUAGAUCUCGCUCUCCUAUAAGAAAUUCUAAAGAGAGAUCACGAUCAAAGUCUGGUGCUGAGGCCAGUAAAAGCUUGACUCACAACUCAAAUAAAGAACAAGAGCAACGUCAGAAAGAAGUUUUGUCUAGCACAAAGUUUCAUUCAAGGAGGAUGCGUGACAGUUCCAACUCAUCGGAUAGUGAAGCCAGUGAUGAUGAAAGGCCAAGUCUUCCGAAAGCAUAUGCAACGGCUUCAAAUAGCGAUUCUGAUAGAAGUGCCAUUCAAGAGGAGUCUCAUUCAGACACAGACUCUUCACAAUCUCCUGACAGUUCACCCUCAGAGAAAAUUCCAAGAGCGUAUGCAACGUAUGAAAAUGACAGUGAUACUGUGGUUGAAUUGAAGGAACAAGAAAUGGCCCGGCUGGCCAAAGGCAAGCAGUAUGUUGUUUCUUCAUCUGAUGAUGAUUCUCCCCGUGCGAGGUUACCUAAAGCGUAUGCAUCUUCUCCUGUCCUUGCCAAAAGACAGCCUGAGCCGGACACCAAAACCAAAUCUUCUAAGGACUCACGACUUGAAGAUAGACACAGCAGAGGUAAAGACUCUAAACAAAGUAGAGCAAGCCCCAACUUUAGUCAAAGUGAAAGGUCUCAUCACCAGAGCAAGAGCAGGAAGAGUGAUAGAGAGGAACGUGAUAGAUCAUCUUAUAACGAUAGAGGUAGCAAUAACUCUAAAAGUAUGUCUAGUAGCAGGCAUGACAGGGAUAGGCAAUCUAGAGAUAGAGCCUCUGAACGCUGUAGGGAUGAUGGAGGCAUGAAGAAAAGUCAGAGUAGAGAACAUUCUUCAUCCCAGCACUCUGGGGAUACAAGGAGCAGAAAUGACAAUGCUCAUCAUUCUGAAACUCACAAGUCAAGAUCCUUGGAUAAGUCAUUCAAGCAGAAAGAAGAUGAUAAGAGAGGUCAUUCUCCCAAGCACUCUCAUGACAGAAGUCGUAGUAAAGAUAGGAGCAGUAAGUCACAUAGGAGUCCUCACCGUGAUGAUGGUAGCAGACACCCAUCUAAAAAUGGACAGCAUUCUUCAGAUUCAAGACGUGAACCUAGAUCCACAGGACACACUUCAGAAACAUUAUCCUCUAAACACUCGAGUGAUAAAACCAAGAGUCAUAGAGAUGAAUCGAGGGGUAGCACUAAGAGCAAUGAAAGGAUUUCAAAAGAACAGAACUCUGGUGUGAAGGAUUGUAGGUCAAAAAAGGAUUCACCUAAACAUAAAUCUAAUGCAAGAAAGUACCAAAGUCCCUCCAAAAAUGAUGAUGAAUUAGAUAGAAGAAAAGAAGAAAGAUCAGAAAAAGGAUUGGAUAGAAAGAGGAAGUCUGAGAAAGAAUGCAAAGAAGGAAGCAAGAACAAACCUGGGAAUGGCAAGAAUGAAAGAGACUCUAAAAAGUCAAAAGAAAAGAAGCCAGUGAAAACCCCUAAGAAACGGAAGGCAUCAUGGAGCUCAGAUAUGUCAGAGAGUGACAUCUCAUUGCAUUCUACACCAGCAAAGAAACCAAAAGAAAAGAAGGAUAGGAUACAGACAGUGAAAACCAAGAAGACUCAAGUGAAGGAAAAGAAAAAGAAGAAGCACAAGAGAGAAAAGAGGCAAAAGGAAGUUUUGCGGAAGAAAAGCAAGGAAAAGAAAAAGAAAGAUCUUGGAAAGCAGGAGGAGGGAUCUAAGAAAAGGAAAACUGAUAAAGAGGCUGCACCGCUGACAGGAAUCCAAAAGAAGUUGCUUGAGAUGGCGCAAGCAGGGAAGAAAGAAGAUGAAAGUUCAUCAAGAAGAAGUAUGAUCCCGAUGACCAAAGAGCAGUAUGAAAAGGAACAGAGCAAAGUGUGCAGGGUGUAUGAUCCAGAUACUGGAAGAAAUAGGUUGAUUCGAGGAAGUGGAGAAGUUAUUGAAGAGAUAGUCAGCAGAGAUAGACACAAGGAAAUCAACAAGGCAGCUACAAGGCACGAUGGGAUCUCAUAUUCCAAGAAAAUAGGGAUGCACAGAUGAUCACUACCCAUCAUGCCUCACACCAUAAGGUAUUCAACGUAAUCCCAUCUACUCAUCAAGGCUAUGUAACAUACUAGUAGUAGAUGCAAUCAAUUUUUACAAUUGAAUGUAACUGUAAUUUUCUACCAAAAUCACAGACAGUUACUAUUGAUUGUAAAUUAUAUAUAAAUUGCAUCUCUUAUGUUACUUCACCCUGAAGACACAAAUUGCUUAGUUUAAGAGACAUCUACUUGUACAAAAUAAUUGUUUGUGCUCCGAAAGUUUUUAUGUGAAACUGGGUUCUGGAGGCAUGUUGACUCUUUUGCCGAUCUAUGUAUGUAUGCCCUGUUUCAUGUCCAUAUGAAAAGAAACAUUAGAUUGUUCAACUUAAAGCUAUGUUCAUAUUUUAUACGAAGACUGAAGUUACUAUCUGUUUUUAAUUGAGGGUAAUAAGGUUAAAGGUCAGUUGGAACAGCCAAUGUUUGUAUCCCAAAGAAACCUUUGCAAGUAUUUAGAUGAAGGUUUAAAGUAAACAUUUUGUUUGAAUAAUGCUCCAUGAUAUGUAUUCUUUCCAGCAAGUCACUUUUUUGUAUUAUAGAAAUGUUUCUGAAUGAUAUUUUGAUGAGUGAUUGACUCACCUUUUUGCCAUGUAUUAUAUUUUCAUGUACCCAAAAUUCAUUAUUUUGUAUUCCUUAUGUUAACAAUUAGGUCUCUAAAAAUUCUUUUUUUUUUCUUCAUAAGGGGAAUAAUAAUUAAGAGGAGAUGAAUUUGAAAAACACUCAUCAUUAUGUGUAUUCCGUUGGAAGUCAUUUGAUCCCUUUUUGUCUCGCCCACCAGAGGUGAAGGCGAGACUUAGGGAUCCAAAUGUCGUCCGUGGUCUUUCCUCCGUCCGUCGUUUGUCCGUCACAAACCUAAUGACACAUUACUCCACAACCGUAAGUCGCUUUUCAACCAAACUUGGAUGGUAGAUGGACUUGGGGGACCUGCAUGUUAUGCUGCAGUCGGAGGUCAAUUGGUAAGGUCAAAGGUCAUUUUCAGGUCAACGUUAAAGUUAACAUGCAAGACUUUCUUAUGAUAACUCCGCAACCGUAUGUCACUUUUCAACCAAACUUAAAUGGUAGAUGGACUUGCGGGACCUGCAUGUUAUGCUGCAGUCGGAGGUAACAUGGUAAGGUCAAAGGUCAUUUUCAGGUCAACGUUAAAGUUUACAUGCAAGACUCUCUUAUGACACCUGACUCCGCAACCGGAAGUCUCUUUUCAACAAAACUUGUAUAGUAGAUGUACUUAGGCGACCUGCAUUUUAUGCUGCAGUUGGAGGUCACAUGGUAAGGUCAAAGGUCAUUUUCAGGUCAACAUUAAAGUUUACGUGCAAGGCUUUUAUGACAAGUGUUAUUCCAUCCCAGUCAUUUCACAAUGAAGUAUCGAUACAAUUCUGUUGCGUGCCCUCGCAAAUCACAAUAUUUCUGGUUAUUUUCGUAUAAAGUGGGCGAGAAACAAAAUCAAUUUGCCUUGUUUCAGUUGAAUUUUAAAUCAUGUCCAUUUUCAAGUGUGCCAAAUUCCAUUGUAGUGAUAAGGAUUCAUAUCAUGUCAAUUAUACAGACUAGAUGAUAAUCACAUUGUAGAUUAUUUCUAUGUCUCCUUUCCCCUAUAGCAGCUGUGUUUUUUAUUUUUUUAUGAGUAAUGUUAGGUUAAGCCUAUAAAAAUUAGUGAUGUCAAUAUAGAAAUGUCACAACAAAUUGAUAAUUACUGGUUUAUAUUUUCAUUUUGCAUUCGCCUGUGUUUUUGCCAUAUUUAUAUUGUUUGCUCUUUUUAUUCCGAAGCUAGUAUUUUACAGUCUACAUUCUGUGCUGUGAAAACUAGGGCUUUUAAAAAACAAUCUUUUGUUUUGUGCAUUUUUAUAGAAAAUUAAUAUGAAAUACUUUUAUAAUACUAGAUGACCUACCUGCAUUGUGCUAUCUAGUCUUGUUCACAGUUUUGAUAAUUUUAUUCAAAGUUAGGAUGCUGAUGUGCCUUAGAAUCUCAAUCACACAUGCAGUGGUUAAUAGCAAAUUAUGCUUAGUGCUAUUUUCAAUUUUUCCAUGUCAAGAUAGUACAACAUGUUGAAGUUAGCAUUAGGUCUUUUCAUUUUUUGUGGCCAUUUAUUUUUUCCUACUUGCCAUCCAAAUUUAUGAUAUUGUUGUGGCUUACCUCAAAAUUUGAAGAAAAAAAAAAAACAAAAUAUACUUUAGUUUGUUUUGACAUUCCUUUGUAUGUGACUUGAUAGAUUGUAAUUAUUAGUAUAUUUGUUUUUGGGUUAGUUCUAAUUUUAUGUUUGGCUGUGUGCUUAAGGUCUGUUUGGGAUUUAUGGGCCAUGUCAGAAAAUCUGACUGAAAAAUAAAUUCCCCCCUUCCAAAAGGACAGAAUAAUUAUGCACCUUGCCAUCAGUUGAUGGCAUAUUUCAUAUCAAAUCCAAUGUCUGAAUACAAUAAAUCUUUGUAAAAUGUAUCUGGAUCGUAGAUAUAGUGUACUGUGGUACUGGGAUUUUAAUUUUUUUUAAUGGUAAUGGUAAAUGGUGGUGAUUCUUUACCUAAUUGCUAAGAAAGCAUAAAUGCUUGUAAGGAAGCAACCAGAGGACCGAAGGCUUAAGGUCCUCUCCAAGGGACCUGGUAAUGAGGAUGAAUGCCUUACCAAAGGACACUAGCGCUCCAAGUGGGAAUCAAACGCGGGUCACCGGAAUCUAUUAGCCUGAAACUGUACAUAAUCUUCAAUUUCUGGCUUGUGUGUAUAACAAGAUUUUGUAAAUUUGCAUGCAUUAUUUUUGUGAAUGUCUCUGAAAAUAUUAAAACAAGCACAAUAUAAUGGCUGUUAAAAGAUCAUAUACAUCAUCUACUGCCAUCAUUUGAAAGUUUUGAUGUAUCUCCAUCACCAUCUGUCAUAAAUCCUUGUUCUAACCUCUCUGUAACUAAGACCAGUCUAUUUCAUGACAUCCUGAAAGCUCUUUAAUGUUUAUCCUGUUUACAUAUACCAUCUAAUAAUAACAUGGACAUUUGUAAUGCAUCGGUAUCCAUCAUGAGAGGGUGCUUAGGAGACAGUAAAGAACAAAAAGGAAUUGGAAACACAUUAAAGAGUGGAGUUACAUUUACUGGAAAGCUCGUCUAAAUAAUCAGAAUUUUAGUGAACUUUUGAAGGUGAUUAGACAUGAAAUACUAAGGAUGUCUUGUGGAAGUUUAUUACGUAGGAAUGAUCCAGCAUAAAAAUGAUUGGUCCCCCAUUAAUUAUAAUAUUAUGGUAUAGCGAGUAAAAAUGUGCUAGCAGACCUUCUGCAAGAUCUUCUGAAAUCAUUGUCCUCAUCACAUGAUUUUCUCCUUUAUAUUGUAUUAAUUUAGUUUUCUUUCUUUCUUGCUCUUUUGAAGACUUUGUUCUUAGUUUUUACCAAAGCUUCAAUAAUAUCAAUGGUGAUUAGAAUAUUUAUUAUAGGACAGCUACUUCAUACAUACUAGUUACACUAUAUUUUUCAAAUUAUUGUAAUCAUCACCGAAGAACAAAUUGGCAAUACAUUGUGUUUGUUUGAAUGCUAUUCUCAACUGUAUAUUAUACAUUCAACCGUGCUGUCAUCAUGUAACAGAGAUCCUAACAUUGCUACUGUAUACACUUAUGGGUGCUUCUGUAUGCAGGCCUCUGUAUUCAGCUCCAAUCUCCUUUUCCUCUUGGCCAGAUCAUGUCCUGGCGGGUCAGCGUCAAAUUUGAACUUCACUGGUUCACAUCUCCAAUACUUAUCCAGUCCAUUCUCAAAGCUGUAGACACAUGGGUGCAUUAACUAAUUCAUUACUUAGACUAUUCCAAGGUUUUCUCAUUCUUAUGUUAAAAGAUUUCUUACGUUUCUCAGUGACUGAUCUUGGGAUAAACAUUUUUUUUAUGAUGACACACAAAGUUAAUAAAAAAACUAAUUAACAACUUUAAGAAAAAAAGGUAAGGCUUCAUUGAAGUAAGCAAGGAAUGAAGCCCUAUUGCCCCCCCCCCCGACAACUUAUUCCAAAGUUUGACCAUACACAAGAUCUGAUGUUAAACAAUGCCUUCAUAGCACUCUGUAGUCUGUGUAUUUUAUUUGACAUAGGUUACAUACUAGAAAUUAUCCAGCUUUUGAUUUGAACAUAUUUUGAAUGAAUACAAUUCAAAUUUAUUAGUUCAAUGAAGGUGACACCCCAGUAUGAUUAUCAAAUAAUAUUCCAAUAAAAUUGUAUUCUGUCAAAAUGCCAACAUCAUAUUGUUUAGUAGAGAAAGUGGCAAUACCUGUCCUAUCUAUGUGGAAUACAGAAUUAGAAAUUUAUUUAUUAGUAGUCAUACUCGUAAUAACCUUGGAUAUAAAGCAGUUAAUUCACAAAACAAUGGUGCAUUCAGGCUGUUCAAAAUUUAGUUUUUAUCACUAGAUCAUUCAGCACACUCUUAUUAGCAAACUCCAGUUGUAAUGAUUAUGCUUUAACGGUCAACAAUGCUUACUGCUGUGAGAUAAUGAUUUAUUAUAUGAAUAUGGUUAAUCAGAUGAAUUUGAAUUUG